AUGGCAGCAUCAAAACCACACGGGGAACACAAGCGAGAAAUAGUCGAGAAUGAGCACGGCGAUCACGCUGUUCACGUCGAGGGUGAUGAAUUCAAUGAGACCAUGAAGAUCGAGGGACAGACUGCUCCCACGUGGUCGAAAGAAGAAGAGGGACAAGCUCUCAGGAAGUUGGACUGGAAUCUGAUUCCCUUACUGGGCGCUCUGUACCUUGUUUCUUACAUAGAUCGAGGUAAUGUUGGAAAUGCCUACACGGCCGGCAUGGGCGAGGAAUGGGGAAUUACAUCUGAAGACUAUUCUUGGAUCGUCACAAUCCUGUACAUUGGUUACAUCUUGUUCCACUGGGUGAGUCCGCACACAUUCUCAACGGUCACUGAAUCCGCUGACGUUCUAAAGCUCAUUCUGGCAUGGACUUUCGUCCCGUUGCCACUCUGGACAGCACUCAUGGCAAUUGGUUGGGGCUCCAUGAGUAUGCUUCAGGCCGCUACCCAUAACUUUGCGGGAAUCAUGGCACUGCGCUUUCAUCGCGCUUUCAAGGGAAGGGGUGAGAAGAGAGAAGGAAAGCUCAACUUCAAGCAGGCCUUUGCUGCUUUUUACGACUACAAGAACUACUUGCAGGCAAUGAUCAUUUUCUGUCUCAACACCGCUUUCGGCUCGUUGCCAGCAUAUCUUCCUACGAUUCUCCAGGCCAUGGGAUACACUUCGCUACACGCACAAGGCUUUUCUGCCUGUCCUUAUCUGGCCGCAUACGUGGUCUGCGUCACGGCGACAUCCAAGCGUGGUGCUGGACUGGCGAUCUUCGGUAUGGUAGGUCAAUGCGGUCCGAUCUUGGGUGCUCGCUUGUUUCCCAAGACGGACCAGCCGUGGUACGCGAAGGGCAUGUGGACUUGCGCCGGCAUCUUAUUCGCUGCUGCUGCUUUGGCUACUGUUCUUAGCCUAUGCUUGAGAUUCCAGAACAAGAAGCGGGACGAGAAGUAUGGUAAGAGUGACUUGGACUACGUUCCGGCUGAAGUUGCGGACAAGGGCGACGAUCAUCCCAUGUACAGAUAUGUGCUUUGA